GCUGAUAAUAAUAAACUGAGAAAUUCUCUCUCUGUCUUUUUUGAUCUUCUUCAAGAAGCGGUGCCUUUGUUCAUGGAUUAAUUUCAUCUCAUCAUCAAGAACAACAACAGAUAAAUUUCGAACGAUUUCCACUGUCGAAACAUUAUCCAUGGCGAUUGUGGAGAAUGCUGGAAUCAAUGUUGUUUCAUCUAACCCUGCGGAAUCGUACGCAUCAAACGAUAUUGAUCAGGCUCAUAUAAAUCGCACUACUGUGAUGCAGUUGAACGGUAGUUCUCCUUUGAGAUCAAAUGACGAGACGGAGAAGUUUCACGUGAUCGUUACUCCUGAGGCGGAGGAGGAGGAUAAACGACAGCAGCAGGAUAACGUAUCGCCGCCGCCGGAGUUGGAGACGGAGACGACUUCUCACUCGAACGGCGAUGUAAAACCGGUGGAUCUAGUUCAGACCGGUGUUCAGAAUCACCAACUUGUUAACGAGAUGAAGAUAAAUGGAGGAGGAGAUGAUAAUGGAGAGGAUUGUAAGAAUGAGAUGAUGAAUUUGGAAGAAAUGUUCUCUAAACUAAAUCCUUUGGCUAAGGAAUUUGUCCCGCCGUCGCUCACAACACCUCGAGCACAACCAUCUGCCGGUGUUCAUCUCGCUUUCGCUAGCAAUUAUCUGAUGCAAUCCCCUAAAUCUGUUAUUGUCAAUGGAAACACUGUUAGACGGAAGAAGAAUAGUAACAGCAAUGGAAAACGCACUACGAAUAGUCGCACAAGCAUGGCUCAGCAAGAAGAUGCGAUAAGGAAGACAGUAUAUGUAUCCGACAUUCAUAAUCAGGUUACAGAAGAACAGCUUGCAACAUUUUUCCUUCCCUGUGGACAUGUGGUAGAUUGUCGUAUAUGUGGUGACCCUAAAUCUGUUCUACGUUUUGCCUUUGUUGAGUUUACUGAUGAAGAAGGUGCGAGGAAUGCCUUGAGUAUGGCUGGUGCUUUGCUUUGUUAUUAUCCAGUCAGAAUCUUGCCAUCCAAAACUGCAAUUGCACCCGUUAAUCCAACAUUUUUGCCACGAUCUGAAGAUGAAAGAGAGAUGUGCUCUAGGACCAUAUAUUGUACUAACAUUGACAAGAAGAUUACUCAAGCUGAUGUUAAGCUCUUUUUCGAGUCUUUUUGUGGCGAGGUUUAUCGAUUGAGGCUGCUGGGUGACUAUCAUCAUUCAACCCGUAUUGCUUUUGUGGAGUUUGUCAUGGCCGAAAGUGCAAUUGCAGCUCUGAAUUGCAGUGGCGCGGUUUUGGGUUCACUAGCAAUAAGGGUGAGCCCUUCGAAGACUCCUGUUAGACCACGAGCUCCUCCUCGCGCACCGAUGCAGUGAAAUCUUUUCGUUUGUUGUAUUUCUUUGAGAAAGCUUUGCUGAUUAUCAUUAAUAUAUUAUCAUCCCAAAUCAUAUAUUUAUCUAUAUUUAUAGACAAGGGUUCUUAUGAGUUAUUCAUCACAAGAGGAUAGUUUCGAAUGGCGUUUUGAGUCUUUUUCAAGUCGGCUGGAUACAAAUGUGUAGUUUUUUUAGUUAUCGUUGUUUUUCAUUCCACAAACAUCCAUCCUAAAAUGGAUUUGAAAUUGCUACUUUUUUCCUUCUUCAUCAAUGAAUCAUGGUAUUGAUUGAA